UGAUCCGCCAUGGUGUUCAUCAACGGCUUCAGCUUCACGGAAGCGACGCUCGUCAAGCGGUCCCUCGAAUCCUUCUUCGGCAUCGGGCCCUCGGUCUCGCAGCGCAUCAUGGCGAAAUUCUACAUCCACCCGUGGGCGAAAGUCGGCAGUUUGAAAAAUGCGACAGUCAUGGAUCUGACGGCCGAGCUGGCGAACAUGAAGAUUGAGAACGAUUUGCGGCGGCAGGUGCAGGACGAUAUUCGGAGAUUGAGGGAUAUGGGCACAUAUCGUGGAAGAAGGCAUGCUAUGGGUUUGCCUGUGAGGGGUCAGAGAACAAGAACACAGAUUGCAACUGCACGACGGUUGAACAAGAUGGAACGAGGCGGUACAGGAAGAGUGGGAUUGUAAGGUGGAAGGAAGCGUACAUACGAGUGUAUAAUAUUGUACAGUAUGCGGGCAUAAAAUGGUGUCCACGAUACACGUUUGAAGAGAAUAUACAGCACGUUAACGACUCAACAUUACUCUAGUUACCAUAGGGUACGUCUUGAUCUCCACACAGAGAGCGGGACCAUGUUUCGACGAUAAACAGCUAUAAGGUCUGGCCAUGGGAAAUCUCUCGCAGAACUAGGCUGUCAUUCAUCGUUCAGAAUUUGCAAUCUACACAGCCCCUUGCCUUGGU